UCUUCAAAUACCAGAUGCGUGUGAUUCCAACCCACAAGGGACUCAGCCGGACUACUGAAACUGAAAGGCGCGCGGACGCUGGACGACGUCGUGGGAAGGCUUGAACGUUGGACUCAGUGUCUGUCGAACCCACAAUUUGAGCUGGGAGCAGAAUUGCAUGCUUGCAAUUUGAGCGCUCCCGACUUAUCUUGAUUCGACGAUAGACGGACCUUUGACCGACAAGCGGUCCAACGAGAUUCGAUGUUCCCACCGGCGACUGCCGCGCUCGCGACAGUGCGCGGCUUCAACGGAUCAUCGGUGGUUUCUGGUGACGAGGACUCAGACUGCUGCACUACCCAUGUUAUCAAAAAGCAGCUCGCCACACCCGACAAAAAGCCCCAUGUCAUCGAAGAUAUCGUCAGCGCCAACUGCAGCCCGGCCCUCAAGCCGGCUGUUCCGCCUGGCGGCAUGAGCGGCAUCAGCAGGCUCCGAAUGCAGCUGGAUGCGCUGAACAUUGGCGCUGACAGAAACGCCAAUACCACGGCACUCUCAUCGCGUACCGCUUCGCUGACCUACAGCGACAGCCUCCGCUCCCCUCCGGCCAGCGAUACUACGGCCAGCAGCGGCCGGGACAGCGGGUACAAGACCCGCAGCGGAAGCGUGAGCAGCAGCGAUGCGGACUCGGCGUCUGGCAGCCGCACCCGCUAUGAGAUCAACUUGGAGAACGACUUUGAGAGUGAGGCCAAUGGCCGUGCCGCGGAGGAUCCUGUCCGUCCCCGUGGUAAGAUGACGGCGGACGACUUUGAGCCUCUGCGGUGUCUUGGUAAGGGUACCUAUGGGACGGUUUUGCUGGUCAAGCAGCGCACGACCGGGCGGUUGUAUGCCCAGAAGCAGUUGAGAAAGGCGUCCCUGAUUGUGGAGAAGAAGUUGGUCGAGCAGACCAAGACGGAGCGGCAGAUAUUGGAAAGCGUCAAUCGCCAUCCGUUCGUCGUCAAACUUUACUACGCAUUUCAGGAUCAGGAGAAACUCUACCUGAUCCUCGAGUAUGGCCAAGGCGGCGAAUUGUUCCACCACCUGAAAGCAGGCGGGAUGUUCUCCGAGGAGACCGCCGCGUUCUAUAUGGCCGAGAUGGUUCUGGCGUUGAGCCACCUCCACGACGACUUAGGCGUGGUCUACCGCGACCUCAAGCCCGAGAACUGCCUGCUGGACGCGCAUGGUCACCUGCUGCUCACAGACUUUGGCCUCUCCAAGGUAGCGGUCGACUCGGAUGGGUGCAACUCGAUUCUCGGCACUCUCGACUACAUGGCGCCCGAAGUGAUCCUCGGCAAAAAGUACGGCAAGGCGGUGGACUGGUGGUCGCUAGGCGCAAUCGGUGUUGACAUCAUGACGGGUCAGCCGCCCUUUACUGGGAACAACCACGCCAAGAUCCAACACAACAUCGUCCGCCAGAAGCUCUCUCUGCCGUUCUUCCUCAGCCCAGAUGCUAAGGACCUCCUCAGUCGCCUGCUGCGCAAGGACCCCACCAAGCGACUCGGCUAUAACAUGCCCAAGGAUCUGGCCACUAUCAAAAAGCACCGUUUCUUCCGCAAGAUUGAUUGGAAGAAGUUGGCCGCACGCGAGUUGGAGCCGCCCAUCCGCCCGCUCAUCACGGACCCCGAGCUGGCCGAGAAUUUCGCGGACGAAUUCACCAACCUUAGCCUCAGCCCCUUGGUGAAGCGCUUUGCCGACGUCGAUGUGCGCAGUCCGAAGGACAUCGGCGAUGACCCUUUUGGAGGCUUCAGCUUUGUGGCACCCAGUAGCCUGCUAGAGAGCCACGGCUUCUGACUUUGGGGUUCAGAUUGGGUACUCGAUACUGUGGCAGUUCCACUCUGUGCCAGGGAUCCAUGGUUUCAGGCGUACAAUGGAUGUAUGGUCCGUGGCUGAGACUCGCAACCACCAAGGUAGAUGCAGAUGAAGCAAAACUCUGGAGAGGGGUUGGCGUUGAAUGCUGGUGGGGAGGUUUAUUGCUUUAAGGGAUUGGGCUUUCUGUAUUCAGUAUUCUUUGGUUGCAGGUUGAUCCUUGUGAAAAGUCAGCAGGAUCUGCGGUAUAACGUUAGGCCUUUAGCUAUCAUGUCUAUGGUCCUUGAUUGACACUGAACUGGAUGCUUGAGGCGCAUGGUGCGAAUGGGUGUGUGAUGGUUCCCUUCUGGAAAAGGAUUAAGCAGUUAUCGCCGAGUGACUCCUCGUAAUGUUAGAUCCCAGAUGUGAGGUACGAUAGAUGUGAGGUGUGAUGGGCUACACAAGCUC